AUGGCAUUCGUUUUCAAAGCAGACAGGAAAAUAGAGCUAAGUGGUAAAGAAAACUUAACACUCGGACCAGGGGCUUACAUGGGCCACAAAGAAUAUAGACCCAAACCAUAGACUCAUCAACCAUUCCAGGCUUAAACUGGAAGAACAGAGACAACUAAGACUCAAAUGAACUAGACAGCUUACAAUCCAGGUCCUGGACAGUACUCAGCUACUACAGGGUUCGAGGCAAUUAGCAAGAGCAUAGAAUCAGCCAAGAAGAUCUCUAUGUACGGAUAUGAAAAAUUCGGAAUAACUGUCAUCAAACCAUCCAAUUGCUUUGCCUCAAAGGUUGACAGAUUCCAAGAUAAAAAUCUCAAGGAUAAAUCAUUGACACCAGGUCCUGGGUAAUAUGUGGGGGAACAGAACUGGAUACAAUCUAAGAGGAUUGCACCAAAGCCUGAGUGGUAAUAAAUCACCUGGAACAAGAUGCAAAAUCCUCCUUCUAUCCCUUCUCAUGAUAAUGUUUUUGGAUAUGAGGAAAACAAUUCAGGAGAAUUAGUAAAAUAAAAGAAUAGUGAGAAAAUUCACACGGGAGUAAAGCAUGAUACAGUAGGUCCAGGAGAGUAUGAUGUGCUAAAGCCAAACUUAACUACCAAGAAAGGCCCGAAGUGGGUGCUUCCGGAUGCAAAGAAGAAAGUCGUAGUACCGUCCACAGCAGACUCAGAUAUUCCAGGCCCUGGGCAUUACAACGCCGAGAAAGUAGAUAUCUUCCCAAUCUAUAAGUAUAAACCCAGCAGUGUUUUUGUAUCAAAAGUGCCUCGUGAAGUUGCCAAGAAUAGAAAGUCUCAGAUGCUUCCACCUUAAUCCCAAAGUAGCAUAAAUAUUUCUUAACUCUUAUCAAUAGGUGUCCAGCAGAACAAUGACGAUGACUACUAUGAUGAAGACGAUGAGGACUAUGCACCUGGACCAGGCUCUUACUACAAUCCUCAUUAGAGCACUACCUUCAAAGUCAAGAGUGUUCCUGAGAGACUCUAGUUCUUCGGCUCAACCGUGGAGAGAUUCCAUGAUCAGACAGAUAAGACCAAGAUUCCUCCCAAUGUAGGUCCAGGAACAUACUAGGUUCCAAUUAAUAAUGCAGCAAAGAAAAUGAGAUCGCAGAAUAAUGCUCCGUUCAGCACAACUGACAUGAGAUUCAUUGAUAAGACUCAAGCAACAUAUAUUCCUGGACCAGGCUCAUAUUAGGCUAAGUCACUAGUUGAAAAUCUGCAGAGAAAGCCUUGGGGAAAGUAAGGCGUCUUCGGCUCAACUGAAAAGAGAUUCGUGCAAGCAUAGACUCUAUAAACUCCUGGACCUGGAUUGUACAAGCCAGAAAGAUCAGUUUAAGCUUUGGAUAAGAAAAACGACAACAAUAUAAAGCGAUCCUCAUCGAUGUUUAUUUCUAACACUAAGAGAAACCCCUACGAAGACAUGAAAUCCAGAGCACAGUUGGCAGUGGUGCAAUACGAUGAUAAAACUAAUACAAUCUAGGAGCAAGUCAGAAGGAAGGUCGAGGCAGGAGUGGGCAACCCAUUACUCGCUAACUUGAAGGCAAAGCGAGGAAUCAACCCCGCAUUCAACUCAAACGCCUCUCGAUUCCCUCAAAAGAAGGUUGAUGAGGCCGAGACAUUCCUCGGUCCAGGCUACUAUGAAUAGCACGGCACAUUCGAUGGAGUCAAAUCUACUUCUACUAACUAGGUCGGUGCUGCCAUCGGCGUCUCUCAACAGUCAAAGAGCAUGAACUUCCUAUCCUAUGCCCCCAGAUUCCAAGAGGACAAAAGAAAGAUGGAGAUUCCAGGUCCUGGACAGUACAGCAACGACGACCUCAACAACUGGUUCAAGAGAACUUACAACAUGAACUUCACUGAAUGA